AUGGCGGCUGCUUUGUCCAUCGCCACCGCAUUUUCUCGCCUUCCACUCUCUCGUCUCUGCGCGCGCCCUGCUUUACCUUGGCUAUUUUCGUCGUACCCUUCUUUUUUCCGUCCCAAAGCUAAGGUUUUGACAACCAAUCCACUCAAAUGGCAAUACCGAUCUCCGUUUCCGUUAAGCUAUUCACCAACUGUUCGUGUGCUUGAUCGUUUUUUUAAUCUUUUGCAGAAUUGGAACCGAUUGAGAUCGUUUUCUUCGAUGGCGGCCUCUGAAUCGAAGGAUUCUCCUGCUAGCAAUCCUGGUCUGCAUACUUCCCCUGAUGAAGCCACUAAAGGGUACUUCAUGCAGCAAACUAUGUUUCGAAUUAAGGACCCUAAAGUCAGUCUCGAUUUCUACUCUCGAGUCCUGGGGAUGAAUUUGCUGAAGAGGCUGGAUUUUCCAGAGAUGAAGUUUAGCUUGUACUUCAUGGGCUAUGAGGAUCCUGCAUGUGUUCCAAGUGAUGCUGUAGAAAGAACAGUGUGGGCUUUUUCUCAGAAGGCUACUAUUGAACUGACACAUAAUUGGGGAACUGAAAGUGAUCCCGAAUUCAAAGGAUAUCAUAAUGGCAAUUCUGAUCCCCGUGGGUUUGGCCAUAUUGGGAUUACCGUGGAUGAUACUUACAAGGCAUGUGAGAGGUUUGAACGCCUCGGUGUCGAAUUUGUUAAGAAGCCAGACGAUGGUGAGGAUCCCUUUUGAAAGGAUAAGACUUCCCUUACCUUUGUGUGGUUUGUUCUUGUCUUUCUUAUGAUACCUAUAAAUGGCAUUAUCUUUAUGUUCGUCUCUUAUUUGAAUGCUGUAGAGCCUUAAAAUAUACAAUUGAUUACUGAGGAAGACGGUUGACACUUCCAUUUUGGUUUGAAACUGGAUGCACAUUAGUUUUCAUUGUUUUUCAUUCAUUAUGGUAUUAGAGGAGAUACCUGCAGCUCUGUAUAUGUAACUAUACCUCUCCAAGUCCAGGAAAAAUGAAAGGUCUUGCAUUUAUUAAGGACCCUGAUGGCUACUGGAUUGAAAUCUUUGACCUAAAGAACAUGAAAAAUGUAGCUGAGGUUGCUGCUUGAAGUGACGCACCCAAGCUAAGGUACCCUCCAGUAUUUACUCAUUCUUUUGUUGCCUAAAAAUAUUUCAGUUCCUGGAAUAAACAUUGUGCUCUCAGCCUGUCAACCAUAUAGCAUACAUCUGUGAGAUAUGUUGCGCUUGAAGACUUCAGAUUGAACACUAUCACGAACAUGUACCUUUACCUCAUCCUUUAACUACGCAAUAUAUGGUUCCAGACCUUUCUUUCCUUACUCCCAGUCAUUGAUUAUUGUUCUUAAACAUUAUUCACUGAAGAUCAAUCUUGCCACAAGAUAUUACCCGCUUAUUUCUGCUUAGUACUCUCAACAAUGGUUUUGACCAGAUAUUCUAGUCCUCUUGGUUAUCAGUAUCCCCAGCCAACUCCUAAGUUGAUGUAAAAUCUGCAAGCUAUGGAAUCUUACAAUUACUAGUGAAAGGUAUAAAGUAGAGUUUACUGAUCAAGAUUUUAUCCACUUAUAAAAUCUACUAGACAUAACUGGUUAAAAUGUUCACUCCAUUUUCUAUAAAAGAUUUAACAAUAAAAUAUGAUAAAUACACUACAGCCAUAUCAUUAAUCUCUUAUGUUACCUGUCGGUCAUGUCAGCAAUUCACAUUACCAUAGUUUCCAGAUUAUUUAGCAUAUAUAUCUGUAUUUUAGCUACCUUGGUUCUACUUAGUGUUAUUUCAUAUGAUGUAUUGUUUUAACGUUAUUUUAUUUAAUGAGGACUGAAUGAGCUGUUCUCUGGAAUGAAUGAUCUGCUUGGUUUCCUUUCCUCGACAAAGACCUGAGUUCCAAUUUUCUAUUGCAGGGGAAGUUAGUAAGUGACAUUUUCAGACAUGAAAGACAUUGUAACUUCAAAGACACUCGAGCAAAAGAACUCCUGUACUACAGCCAAAAGUAUGGACUCAGUCAGUCAUCUCCUGUCAUGAUGCAAUUGCAUGUCCUUUUCAGUUUGAGGAAUGCUUUGUUCCACAAUCAGAAGAAAGGAAUCUCCUCCAAAAAUGUGUAUUGUUGCAGUAGGUGACCUAUAUAUGUUUCCCCAUGUUUCUUUUCUCCAAAAUAAGAAAGAGUUGUGAUUUAUAGGUGCAUGUUUUGUGAGGUUGGUGGACGUGGACCUGGGUCCCAAGAUUGGGUUGCAAUACAAAUUUUCAACAGCUUGAAAUUAUUGUGUUUGAAGCAAAUCUUCAGAGGUCUUUUUAAUCUAUACAACUUUUGGGAGUGCUA